GGGCAGACACUGCGGUACCUUUGCAGCAAGAAGAAGGUUUGUAAACAAGUCAGUGCCAAGAGAGCAGGCAGAGCUUUGAGGGCAGCGUGACAGCGCCGUUUAACUACGGAGUAGAGUGGACUGGACUGGAAUCGACGGAUCGAGCGGCGGCCCGUGCCUGACAAACGACCACUUCGCCUUGAGAAAGACAGAGAGAGAAAGCGACUCGACGGUCCGAGUGAAGAACGCUCGCACCUGAAGGAGAGAACCGACGUGAGAGUUCGGCUCGCAGGGGCAGCCGACUCAAGCGACACGAGCCAGAAGUCAGGCGGUUCGCUUCGGGUGGUUCCGCCCCGUCGGGCGCCAGUUGUUUUGACGGCGACGCCAUUUCUCCCCGCCGCGCAGCGGGUCCUUUGGAGGUCUUCUGGAGCCAAGCACCAUGGUUAAACUGACAAAACCAAAAACCUUCCAGGCCUACCUGGACAACUGCCACCGCCGAUACAGCUGUGUGCACUGCCGGGCCCACCUGGCCAGCCAUGAUGACCUCAUCUCGAAGUCAUUUCAAGGCAGCCAAGGCAGGGCUUACCUGUUCAACUCGGUCGUGAAUGUCGGCUGUGGCCCGGCAGAGGAGCGCGUCCUGCUUACUGGUCUCCAUGCUGUGUCGGACAUCUUUUGUGAGAACUGCAACACCACUCUGGGAUGGAAAUAUGAACAAGCCUACGAAAGCAGCCAGAAGUACAAAGAGGGCAAGUAUAUCAUCGAGGUGUCGCACAUGAUCAAAGACAAUGGGUGGGACUAGACAAACCCCCGACAGAGCAGAAUUGGGCAUGGGGGCCGUCACCUGAGCGAUGACUCAAAAGUAGAGUGAGCAGUGCAUGGAAAAGGACAGUAAAAAGGUGGGGGGGGAGACGUAAUCCUUGUAGCGUUCUAACUCUGGGAUCCGCUGGAGACUGACCCAGGACUUGCUGCUACUGCUGCCCCCUAUUGGCAGGACAUGCCUUUGUUCAGGAAGAAAGCAAGCAUCCUACAGUGAGCCACCAAUUCAGAGGUUCCUGUUUCACAGCCGGAUCUUCACUGAAGAGCUGCUCCUCUGACUAAACCAUUUCCUCCCUGACUGUGGUUCCCUUUUUUGUAGGUGCCAGUUCUUUCAGUCCCCCUGUCUGCACCAUUUGUUGAGUGUGUGUACAGAACCUCUCUGUGUCCUCUCCGUCAGUUGAGCACAGACCUCCACUCGUCACUUUUUGUCUGUCCCAUCCUGUCUUUCCCCUUCUCGACUCUUCACUUUUAAUGGAUGCAGACCCCCCCCCCUUCUCCAGCUUAUCAUUGUGUAGACCUCUCUUUAAUCCGACAUGUUUGGAUGCGAACCACCCCUGUCCUACCCAACCACAGCCCCGUCUUUUUUAAUUUACAUUUGGGUGCCGGUCUAUCCCAUCUUGCACUGUCCCUGAAUGUGUUUUUUUUCCCUCUAUCCCAAAAUCUUCUCUGUUUUUUUUUUUUUUUGAAGCUGGAAUUGCUUCAUAGGUUUCCAUAAUGCAGUCUGGUAAUGCCACCUGCUGGGCUCCCUAUACUGAAGUGGGGGCAUUAGCAACCCUGUCUUACCCACCACAGACCCUACUUUUGAAUUUGUAUUUGGGUGUCAGUCCGUCCCAUCUUGGACUGUCUCUUAGUCUGUUUUUGUCUUUUGUACCCUCUCUCUUUUUGUUAUCCCUCCCAAAUUCAAUUUUUUGUUUUUGCUACAGACCAUAACCCACUCCACAGGGGGUAGAAGCUGGCAUUGCUCACCAGGUUUCCAUAAUGCAGUCCGGUAAUCCCACCCACUGGACUCACAGUACUGAAGUGGGGGCAUUAGCACCUUGUCUUACCAGUCACUGCCCCCAAAACUUUAGGGAGGAUGGUGGUAGUGGUCCCAGUUUCCAAAGAGCACAUGGUAGCU